AUGGUUAGCGGGGCGGGCGCAGAUGAAGGCCAUUGUCCGUACUUCUACCAGCACAUCGCAUCUACAUAUCUCUCCCGCGCCAAUUCCUUGCUUAGCGCUUCGUACACACCGACUUCCACAUCCACUUUCAAAACAUGUCAAUCGAGCCACAGCCAACCACUCGUACCGGCUUACACCGGCUCGCAAGACCAUCCUGAUUGGCGGAUCUUUGGGAUGUUCAGGCUGUACUUGCAAACGCAUACAGUGUUAGUGGCGGAUAAAGCGGACAAGACGCAUCUACAAGUCUGGACGCGAAUCAGGUCUUCGGACGUACCUUGCGUUCUCCGCGUGCGCGAAGGGGACCGCGGACCAAGCCGGCGCGCCGUUCACUGCGGAACAGGUGCGCUUGCGAGUGAUAUACCGAAGAGCAUCAAUGAGCGGGUCACGUUCUUUAGGGCUGUCUUGCGAUACAGCGCUCGCCAAGUGAGGGCUGUGGAACCGCCCGAGUUGGCUUCGGAAUGUCUGAGCGCGCAUGAAUACGAACAAUAUGCAGGAAGCCAUUACACCCGCUUGCCCGCUUCCACGGUCCUCCUCGCGCACGCAAUGCGCGCUAUCCCCUUCCCCGCCAACUUCAUCCAGCCACUCACAUCGCGCUUCUUCCUUCAAAUGCUCGAGCUCGAUACGUCAGAUGCACUCUCGCUCUCGCCGGCGAAUGGAAGCGCGAGUGCGCGCGGACGUUGA